UGUGUUUGUGUGUGUGUGUGUGUGUGUGUGUGUGUGUGUGUGUGUGUUUUCUGCUGUGUGUGUGUGUGUGUGUUUCUGCUGUGUGUGUGUGGUUUCUGCUGUGUGUGUGUGUGGUUUCUGCUGUGUGUGUGGUUUUGCUGUGUGUUUGUGUGUGGUUUCUGCUGUGUGUGUGGUUUAUGCGGUGUGUUUGUGUGUGUUUAUGUUGUGCGUGUGUGGAUUCUGCUGUGUAUGUGUGGAUUCUGUUGUGGCUGUGUGUGUGUGUGUUUGUUCAGUAGUGUGUUUGUGUGUGGUUUCCGCUGUGUGUGUGUGUGUGUGUUUCUGCUGUGUGUUUGGAUUCCUGUGUGUGUGUGUGUGUGUGUGUGUGUGUGUGUGUGUGUGUGUGUGUGUGGAUUCUGGUGUGUGUGUUCUGGUGUGUGUGGAUUCUGUUUGUUUGUGCGUGUGUGUGUGAUUCUGUUUGUUUGUGCGUGUGUGUGUGGAUUCUGGUGUGUGUGUGGAUGCUGGUGUUUGUGUGUGUGUGUGUGUGUGGAUUCUGGUUUGUGUGUGGAUUCUGGUGUGUGUGUGUGUGUGUGGAUUCUGGUGUGUGUAUGGAUUCUGGUGUGUGUGGAUUCUGGUGUGUGUGUGUGUGGAUUUUGGUGUGUGUAUGUGGAUUCUGCUGCGUGUGUGUGGUUUCUGCUGUGUGUGGAUUCUGUUCUGGCUGUGUGUGGUUUAUUCUGUGUGUGUUGUUUUUGCUGUGUGUGUGUGGUUUCUGUUGCGUGUGUGGUUUCUGUUGCGUGUGUGGUUUCUGUUGCGUGUGUGGUUUCUGCUGUGUGUGUGUGUGUGUGUGUGUUUCUGCUGUGUGUGUGUGUGUGUGGUUUCUGCUGUGUGUGUGAUUUCUGCUGUGUGUGUGUGGUUUCUGCUGUGUGUCUGGUUUUCUGCUGUGUGUGUGUGUGGUUUAUGCUGUGUGUUUGUGUGUGUUUAUGCUGUGUGUGUCUGGAUUCUGCUGUGUAUGUGUGGAUUCUGUUGUGGCUGUGUGUGUGUGUGUGUGUAUGUGUGUUUGUUCUGUAGUGUGUUUGUGUGUGGUUUCCGCUGUGUGUGUGUGUGGUUUCUGCUGUGUGUGUGUGUUUCUGCUGUGUGUUUGGAUUCCUGUGUGUGUGUGUGUCUGCUGUGUGCGUGUGGUUUCCUGCUGUGUGUGUGUGGUUUAUGCUGUGUGUGUGUGUGGUUUGUGCUGUGUGUGUGGUUUGUGCUGUGUGUGUUUGAUUUCUGCUGUGUGUGUGUGUGUUUUGCUGUGGUUUCUUCUGUGUGUGUUGCUUUUGCUGUGUUUGUGUGUGGUUUCUGCUGUGUGUGUGGUUUAUGCUGUGUGUGUGGUUUAUGCUGUGUGUUUGUGUGUGGUUUCUGCUGUGUGUGUGUUUUCUGCUGUGUGUGUGGUUUAUGCUGUGUGUUUGUGUGUGUUUAUGUUGUGUAUGUGUGGAUUCUGUUGUGGCUGUGUGUGUGAAUGUGUGUUUGUUCUGUAGUGUGUGUGUUUGUGUGUGUGUGUGUGUGUGUGUGUGUGUGUGUGUGUGUGUGUUUCUGCUGUGUGUGUGUGUGUGUGUUUCUGCUGUGUGUGUGUGGUUUCUGCUGUGUGUGUGUGUGGUUUCUGCUGUGUGUGUGGUUUUUGCUGUGUGUUUGUGUGUGGUUUCUGCUGUGUGUGUGGUUUAUGCGGUGUGUUUGUGUGUGUUUGUUGUGUGUGUGUGGAUUCUGCUGUGUAUGUGUGGAUUCUGUAGUGUGUUUGUGUGUGGUUUCCGCUGUGUGUGUGUGUGGUUUCUGCUGUGUGUUUGGAUUCCUGUGUGUGUGUGUGUGUGUGUGUGUGUGUGUGUGUGUGUGUGUGUGUGUGUGUGUGUGGAUUCUGGUGUGUGUGUGUGUGUUCUGGUGUGUGUGGAUUCUGUUUGUUUGUGCGUGUGUGUGUGGAUUCUGGUGUGUGUGUGGAUGCUGGUGUUUGUGUGUGUGUGUGUGUGGAUUCUGAUGUGUGUGUGGAUUCUGGUGUGUGUGUGUGUGUGUGGAUUCUGGUGUGUGUGGAUUCUGGUGUGUGUGGAUUCUGGUGUGUGUGUGUGUGGAUUUUGGUGUUUGUAUGUGGAUUCUGCUGCGUGUGUGUGGUUUCUGCUGUGUGUGGAUUCUGUUGUGGCUGUGUGUGGUUUAUUCUGUGUGUGUUGUUUUUGCUGUGUGUGUGUGUGGUUUCUGUUGCGUGUGUGGUUUCUGUUGCGUGUGUGGUUUCUGCUGUGUGUGUGUGUGUGUGUGUGUGUGUGUUUUGCUGUGUGUGGAUUCUGUUGUGGCUGUGUGUGGUUUCUUCUGUGUGUGUUGUUUUUGCUCUGUGUGUGUGUGAUUUCUGCUGUCUGAUUGUGUGUGGUUUCUGCUGUG